GGCGAUUCACUCGGACGACUAACUUUAAAACUAAGUUUAAUUAGAUAUUUUGGAAGAAAUUAGCAUUCAUAUGUUUUAAAUCUCUGUUGUAUGAACGAAAUAAAAACUCUCUAAUGUCCUGACAAUGGCGUCAAUGAAUAAUGUCCCUCGAGAGAUUCUUGAGAGUAUGCGGGAGUGCCUUGAUCGACGACUCAAGCUGUCGAUCAAGAGGCUAGUCAACUACGAAACAAAAAAAGAAAAGAUUGAACAGCGAGUUUUGGCAUUCUCCACAUACAGGCUAUUUAUCCUUACUGCAAAAAUUCCAACAAAGAUUGAUGCCAACUUCCAUUACCUCGAUAUCAAGUCAAUUGAAAGCAAGCGACCAAACCAACUGGUGAUAUGUGCAUCCAACAAGACAUAUUCGUUUUUAACGAUGGAAGCAGACACGGACGAAGUGAAUCACAUGAUCACCCACAUCGGCACCUCGCUGAAAACUGUCUUCCCAAAAUUCUCCCUUGAGCGUUUAAUUAAGACAGUAGAAGUGCAGCCCUCCGACCGCCUGAAGGUGAUGAACGAUCUAUGUCAGACGAUAGGCCAGAAGGGGAUGACACCAUGUGGCAAUUUUACUGUCCAGUACAUGUGCAUGUGUGACUUCCAUGGCCUCACAUACAGAGAUGAGGUGGCCUGGGAUGUUGACACUAUCUACCUGUCCCAGGAUUCAAGGGAACUCUGUUUGCAUGACUUUGACCAUCUGAAAGAGAGGGACCUCGUUCCAAUCGUCUCGGCCCUCGUGCACAACACCUGGUUUACUGGCUUGAAUGCCAACAGCAUCAAACUGUCUGUGGAAGUGUGCAAUGAAAUUCUACAUGUGAUCAAAAAGAAUUCUGUGAUAGAAUCUCUGUUCCUUAGCAACACUGGAAUCUCAACUGAGUUUGUAAAGCGACUGUCAACGACUGCCAUGGUGGACACCCAGCUACAGAGGCUUGACCUAUCUAACAACUUAAACAUUGACGAUUUUGGUGCGGAGUAUCUGAUAGGUGCGUUGAGCAGCCGCGGAAAACAAUGCACCUACCUUGACCUUACGGGGACCAAGGUCACGUCUAAGGGGCUCAACAAGGUCGCCGAGGCCAUGAACCGCAGCCCUCACGUGUUCAGUGCACUCCAGACCCUAAAACUGAGCACGGUGGCCGCAGGAAAGAGCGAUGACCUUCAGAGCAUGUAUGCAUUUCUGGCCUCCCCCACCAUGCUCAACCAUCUAGACCUGUCCGGGACUGAAGUCGAGAUAGAUAAGCUGAUGACCCCUCUACAACGAGGCUGCAGUCAGAACCUCACAACAUUGAAGCUUUCAAGAGUCGCGUAUUCCAGGAGAACCAAGGAUGUUGUGGUCCAGUCUUCAUUCAAGCAGUUCUUCGCUACCGUGGUCACUCUGAAACUUGUAGACCUGUCCUAUGUCCGCAUCCCACCUGAAGCUCUCAAGGACCUUUUCCUGGGUAUAACCUCAAAUCGUAACCUGAAGGACGUUCAUGUUGACAUCACGGGUUGCGAAGUGACCGCAGUGGGCGUACAGACACUCACAAAUUGCCUUCCCUCCACCCAAAACAUCGCCCGCCUUGAUUUGACAGGGCUUGUCAAGGGACAGAACUCAGCUUUAAAUGAGCGCGAGCUGGUGCAGAUAUUUGACAGUCUCGGUCAGAACAGCACCAUACGUUACCUAUCACUCGGUCAGAUGUACAGUGCCGUCAAACCAAAGAAUAUGAAGGUUGUCAUGGAAAAACUAGUGGAUAUCCUGCAAGCUGAGAACUCUGUUGUGGAGUCCCUAUCGCUGGCAGACUCGAAGCUCAAGGACAGUAUGAACAUGAUCAUUAAUGCUCUUGGCAGCAACAUGUCACUGACUGAGAUUGACAUCAGUGGAAACCAGAUGGGUGACCUAGGGGCCCGCAUGUUGUCCAAGGCCCUUCAGAUCAACAACAAACUCCGCACAAUUGUCUGGGACAAAAACAACACUACCUGUCUUGGGUUCGAGGAUGUCGCCCUCGCUCUGGAGAAGAGCUACACCUUACAUAAAAUGCCGGUGCCAGUGUAUGAUGCUAGUGUGGCCUUAAGAAGUGAACCACAGAGGACUGAACAGGCCCUUCAAACAAUAGAAAGGCUACUUCAAAGGAACCAUAGCCCACAGAAGUAUUCAUCUGACCAGGCAUACAGACUACAGCAGGGAUUUCUUAUCAGUUCCACACAACAGACGGUUGACCGACUGGUUGUACAGACGCAGGACACCAUCAAUGCUCUCUCGCUGACUGACUCACUGCAGCCGUACACAAAUGCCGUCCAGGCUGCGAAGGUCAACAUCGCGGAUGCAGACAACUCCAAAACUUUGCUGCCCCAACUGUAUGACAUAGCGAUCCAGUCACAGAAGACAGGGAAUGACGUAUCGCAGAAACUGAACACUGUGGCUGAGGAACUAAAAACUGUGCUGGAAAACCAAAUGAAGAAAACUGUUCGUGAGAUGCUGGAAAUCACCGUCAAUCAGUGUUCAGGAAUCAUGACUGAUCCCGAGUUCAAGAGAGAUAUUCAGACAGGCUGUGCCGAAAAGAGCUUACUUCCCAAAGAUUUUACCAGCAAUGUACUGGAUGGUGUUUAUACAGAAAUAUUCAACAAACUCAGUGAGCUGAACUUAGCAGUGGCAUCCCUCAUAUCGGACACAGUUGUGGACGGAGUCAUAGACAACCUGCAGCACUCACAUCGCACCCUGACAAACCAUUUGAAUGAGAAAAAGAAGAAAGCAGCACCAGCCUCCGAGGGUACUGAAUCACCUCAGAUCAGACAAAAACUGUUACGCUCACAGUCUGAACGGGAUUCACCGAAAUUGAUGCAAAGGAAAAGUUACGCAAGAAAAAUUAGACCCCAGUCAGUAAUAGAUAAGGCAGUAGUUCAACAAGCCCUUGAUGCAGAAAAGAAAUCCAGCCUUGAUCCCAUCUCCCAGGGCAGUCAUUCUCCAAGGUCAGGGUCAAGGUCACCAUCUACUGAUGGGUCAUGUGACCGAGAGCAUGUAAGGUCACAUGACCGUGUAGACCAAUCAAAGUCAAGUUCAAAGUCACGCAGUUCAAAGUCUGAUUCGCCUACUCCUCAAAAGCCAGUGAAAGUGCCAAGGUCGCGACCUAAAAAAUCAAAAAGUAAAACAUCCUCUCAAGUUGCUCUUGACUCUUCAGCGUCAAAAGCAUCAAUUCCAAAAAUAGAAGUGACCUCUGCUGAUGGAAAUGACCUUGACCCUGACCCACUUUAUGACAAUGCACCUGAUGUUAGAGGCUCACCAAGAUGUCACCGUAGCAACAUUGAUGACUUGAACGAGGAACCGGAUUUACAUAUACCAAAACACACAAAAGUACGAACUCCUACCAAAGCAGUCCCAGAUAAAGAAGUAGAACUCGAUGUUGUUCCUGAAUUGCCGGAGUACGGUAAGCUGACCCAUGUGACAAAGGAUCGAGCUCGAGUGAAGCGGAAUGUUCGACCACCGACCAGACAGUCUGCAGCCACUUCCACGUCUGGAGAUAGGGUAGAUGAGGGUGUAGACAAUUUCUUUUCAAAGGCGUCUUCUACCCCUACCACCCCAGUCAGUAAUGGACCCGACUCCGGGAACAAAACACCAAGUGAAAGAUCUACACCAGAAAGUAAGAAAAAACCUGGAGGUUUUUUUAACUUUGGCAGUAAAGAGAAAGAUGCAAAGAAACAUAGCGGUGGAUUCUCCCUCUUUGGCAAGAAGACGCCUCCCAAACCUUCGCCCACCAGCAAAAGGGUCUCAGAUGUCAAGGAAACGGAAGAAGAUGAAGAAGACUUUGUGCCUUCGAAGGAAAGAAAACCAAGCUCCGGGGAUACAUCUUCCCAGAACUCCAACCAGAACAAUGGUUCUGAGUCUGGAUCAAUUAAGGGAAGUCUUGAAAGGAAAUUUGAUAAGUCUGCCCAAAAAUUGUCAGGGUCUUCUCUUGAGCGUGGCUCAUCCCCGAGAGUUUCAUCGGAACGGGGACAGAAAUCUUCAGGGAUUGCUCUAGAAAGGAGCCAAUCACCAAGAGUUUCUUUUGGAAAGGGACAGAAAGGACCAAAUAACUCAGAAGAAACGCCUGAAGAAGCUAAGAAUGAUGAAAAGAAGACUAAAAGUGAUAGCGAAGAUUCCGAUGCAGAACAUGAAAAUGGUGAGUCACAAAAAGUGGUUGGUUUAAAGAAAAGUGAUUCCACUAGCAGCAGUGGGUCAGAAAAGGUUGCGAAAAAGCCUUUAAAAGUGCCUAUGAAGUUGAAAUCAGUUGAAAAACCAGUGGAGAAGGAGGUGGAAAGUGACAUUGAUGAGACGGAAGAAGCAAAAACUGAGGAAAAGGAAGAAAAAGAAGCUGCCACUACUGUGAAAGAUGACAAGGAGAAAGUUGAUGAUAAAACUGAAGAGGAAAAGAAGGAAGAGCCAAGUCCUAAACCGCCAAAAGCUGAAGAAGGGAAACCUGAGGAAAAGGAAGUGAAACCUGAGGAAAAGGAAGGGAAACCUGAGGAAAAGGAAGGGAAACCUGAGGAAAAGGAAGAAAAGCCAAAGGAAGAGGAAGCCCCUAAGCCAGAGCCCGUAAAACCCCGUAAACCUGGAGGCCCGGGCGCAAUCGGGUUUGGAGGAAAUAUUCUUGCCCAGCUGAAGGAGAAACAAGAGAAAAGGAUCUCCAUGGCUCCGAAGCAGCCAGUUGUUACGGAUAAAUCGAAAAACCCGGUUGUUGAGGAAAAACCCUUACCCUUUGGGCUUCCAAAGCUGCGUCCAGUCUCGGGGGCAAAAGAUAGUGACGGGGGACCCACUAAAAAAGAGACUAAGUCCACAGAUAGUGUAAAAUCUUCUGGGUCCAAAAGUGAGACUGAAGAACAAAAACCUGCCGUAAAAGACUCAGGAAUCGCUGAUGGGGAGAAGCCGUCUGAAAAACUAAAGAAAAACUUCUUCAAAGAAAGCAAGGAUAAGCCAUCAGUCGUGCCAAGACCUGGUUUCUCAGGCAGACCACCACCCCCAAUGAAGCCCAAACCACCCGGUGGCAAGCCGACACCGGCCCCACGACGGAGCACAGCGGAUGACCAAGAUGAGCCAGUUAAAGAGCCCAAAAAAAUGGAACAGAAUAGUAAAAAACCAGAAGCCAAAAAGGUUGAAAGUGGAGUGGUGUAUGACUCAGCAACUUUGAAAAAGUCGGUCCGAGAAAAGAUGUCCAUGUUUUCUUCAUCUGGCGACGGUGAUGAAAAUGAGGCUAAAAAUAACAGCUUACUUACUGGGUCGUAUAAGGAAGAACACAGUCGCAAGGGUAUCUCGUCACCCUCUUUGAGUGGUAAAAGUGGUUCAUUGCCAAGAGAUACAAAGCCUUUUGACGUUACAAAGUCUCAGAUGCAUGACAAAUCGUCACAUAAUGAUGCGACACCUGGAUCUGAAGCUGGGGAUACUGCUUUCAAGAGAGAACACAAUUCAAAUGACAUGACUGACAGUGGUAUUGUGUAUGACUCUGAGACGCUUGCUCGCCCAUCGGUCAAGGACGCUGCUGCAGUGUUUGGACAAGCUGAUAAAUCAGAGAAAUCGUCGUCACUUUCACGAAAGGCAAAACCAUCUGACAUGAAAGAAUCUCCUGAGGUGACUAGAAGACCCAAGUCAAUGUUUGAAGUUUUACAAAACAGGCCUGAUCUGAAAAAAUCUGGGACUCUCGACACUCCACUAGAGAAAGAGGAAAAUAAAGAAACUGUCGAAGAGAAAGGCUCUCCAACUGAGGAUGUCAUUUUAGUGUAGGAUACUCUUCAUUGUGGAGGAAGCAUUCAAAGGUAGCAGACAACACUUUCUAUCCAGGAGGAGAGGUUUAUUUUAUUGUAGAAUACUCUUCAUUUUGGAGGACAAUCAGAAAAGUGAAUGACAGAAAGGCUCAUGUAAAGAAAAUCAUUUAGUAUAGGAAAAAGUUAUUUUGUAAAAAGAACAACUUGUGUGACAUUGACAGAUCAUUGAUAAUUGUAUGUUUAGAUACUUCCUCCAAGAGGCUAAAAAGGGUAUAAACCAUACUUGGUGAUAAGGUCCAAUUCCAAUGCUUGUAGACCAAAAAUAAUUUUGGUAUCAUUUAAAAGCAUGUUCUGCUCUGAUUACUCGUAUAUUAAAUUAAUGAUAGAAACUAUGUUAAAGAAAGAGUUUCCUAUUGAAAUAAGCUAUUUUGUUAUCAUUUAAGAUAUAAAAAAAAUUGUGUAUGGAUAUACUUUAUACAUUAUCUUUCUCCACGUAUAAAAUCAUUUUAAAUAGUUCCGAAAUUCCUGAAGUCUUUUCAACAUGCAACAGUAGCUGCACCCGCUACCCAAGUUAUUGAUAUACCAGCACAAAGUGCAAGUUGUUAAAAUUCAAUUACAGGGGUUAAGUAUGGUAACUGUUUUAUACCAUGUUGUCAAGAACAACCUUCAAUAACUCCUUUGUAUAUAUGUAUAAGUGAGAAACAUGAUUUAUCUGCAUGCUAGUUAUUGCACAACUAUGCUCUGCCUUCUUUUAACCAUUCUGAUAUGGGAUAGAUAUGUUAUGUAAAGAUGAAUGAAAGAAUAUGCUCCUCUUUAAUAUGGUACACUAUGUUGUUAACCUUUCAUAUAUUUAUUUUGAUAUUAUAUAUAUAUAAAUAAAAUUGUUGGUUGCCAAGAAUUUUAAAACAUUUCAUAGGGAUCAUAAAAUACCAAAAGCAUUCCGGAUUGUAAUAAAUGUGCAUGUAUGUUACAUGUACAUUGAGUGUUAUAAAGCUAUGUUACAUGUACAUUGAGUGUUAUAAAGCUAUGUUACAUGUACAUUGAGUGUUAUAAAGCUAUGCUACAUGUACAUUGAGUAUUAUAAAGCUAUGGUACAUGUACAUUGAGUGUUAUAAAGCUAUGUUACAUGUACAUUGAGUGAUAAAACAUGUUAUGUGUAAAUGGUUUAACAAAAUAGCCAGCUUUUACAAUUAAUUUGGGACCAUUUAAAGCUAUUGGCAACAAAACAAUGAUACAACAAAAUAUGAUCUAUACUGUAACAUAAAUGUCUAUGUAUAAGAUGAGUAUUUAGUUUAUACAGUUGUGUAUGUAACUGAUAACUGCUUUUGUAUGUUCAAGUAAACUAUUUGUUAAUCUGUUAAAAUCUGUUAUAUCUGUUAUUUUUUUCUUUCUAUUACUAUAUCCACUGUUAAAAGGUUGAGUACAGAAUUAUUUCAGAUUCUGUAAAGAACAUGUACGUUAUAUUCAAUUUCAAUGCAUUGUAAAUUGCACUUAAUUAGUCUCAUAUCUUGAUUAGUAUAUAUUGUUUUGUUUUGUUUUAAACCUAGAUGUCAUUCAUAUUUAGAGAUCUGUUUAUUAAUGUUCUACAUUUCAAUUGUAUUAGAUAGUUUAAUAAUUAAAAGUUUGUUUUUUGUGAUAUAUUGGCAACAAAUUUAGCAAAAUUAAUAGAAUUACAUAGGACUAGUAUCAAACUAUAAUUCGUUACCUUAAAGCUGCACUCUCACAAAUUGACAGUUUUGGCCAAUUUUAGUAUUUUUUUGUCUCGGAAUCAGCUCAUUUUGGCAUCAGUGCCUUCAAUUCAGUCAUAUAAGAUAGCUCACAAUAGAGCAGAUAUAACUGUUUGGUAAACUGCUGAAAAUUCCAUUUUUCUUAAAGCGUAAGUAAUGCUUUUAAAACAUCAGUUUUCAUACAAAAAUAUAAAAACUGUGAUUUGCUGUUUUGUCAGCAGUCUUCUAUCACUGGUGUCCAGAUAUUUACGCAAAAAUUGGCUCAUUCCAAGACAAAAAAUAAAACAGUUGUCUAAACAAUCAAUCUGUGAGAGUGCAGCUUUAAGCAAUAAUUCAAUAUCUGCUUCUUUCUCUACAUACAGUUAAUGAGUGAUUGCAAUUAGAAUGACGAUAUGCCGAACAGUACUAUACGUCAUCAUUGUAAUGUAACCACCUUAAAGUGUUGCUAAAUUUUAAGAGUAGAAUCUGAUUGGACAGUGAAAUAUAUUGGCCAAUAGAAUUAAUUGAAUAACUGAGGUAUGUCUAAGAAUUAUAAAGGAUAGGAACUUGAAAACGAGCCCAGAGUGAUAAUUUUAAAACUGUUGGAGAAGUUCACUCCUUAAACUUUUCCCAACAGUCUGACCAACCAACUAGCCCAUAUGGUGACUCUAAUAUAACCUCCUACAAACUUUGUUUGGUUAAGGGAGGGGAAGGGGAGGGGGGGGUGACCUACCUUCCUACCCACCCCUCAAAAUGUUAGUCGGCGAAGUCCAAACAUUCUAUUUAUUAAAUGUGGCAUUAGUUUAUAACUUCUUUGUUUUGUAUCAAUUGAACCUAACUUUCAUUCUAUUUAGGAUGCUUUUGAUCAAUAGCAUGAUUAUAACUUUAUGCUUUUCAUUAUAUUUGAUCUUUCAAUGUUUUGAACUCUUCUUUUUGUGGUAUAUUUUGGUAACAAAUCUUGUUUCAGUAGUAGAAUAAGUCUUGACUAGUAUUGAACUAUAUGAGAUUGCAAAUUACUGCCUUUUCUUCUCUGACUUAAGACUUAUUUCACAUAUUUUUGUAAUAUGUGCAUUGUGAAAUUCCGAAAAAAGUUUAAUAGUUUCUAGAAGUCUGAACUGGGUUGUCAGACCACAUUAGUGUGUCUGUUAUGUAAAUUGCUUUACCAAUUUUUGAAAAGCUUUUCCUGUUCAAGAACAUUUUUCAUUUUUUGUUUUCAUAUUUUUCAUUUUUUUUAUUUAUGAAUAUUAAUAAUGGUUUGGUAUGUAAUGCUUCUAUGCAAAUAAGACAAAGCCAGUCUAUGCACAAUUUAUUUUACAUUAAGUUUAUCUAUGCCAUGAUUUGUGUGUUCAUGUGAUGAUAUUUGUGCACUAUAAUUCUUAAUGUUAGUAGUAGAUGCAACUAGUUAACCACCUAUAUUUGGCCACAUAUUGUUACAAUAUUUGACCACGUUUUGUUACAAUAUUUGACCACAUUUUGUUAAAAUAUUUGGCCACAUUUUGAUACAAUAUUUGACCACAAUUUGUUCCAAUAUUUGGCCACAUUUUGGUUCAAUACUUAACCACAUUUUGGUACAGUACAAUAUUUGGCCAUAUUUGGUACAAUAUUUGGCCACAUUUUGUUUACAAUAUUUGACCACAUUUUGUUACAAUAUUUGGCCACAUUUUGCUACAAUAUUUGACCAUAUUUUGUUACAAUACUUAACCACAUUUUGGUACAAUAUUUGACCACGUUUUGUUACAAUAUUUGGCCAUAUUUGGUACAAUAUUUGGCCACAUUUUGUUUACAAUAUUUGUCCACAUUUUGGUACAGUAUUUGUCCACAUUUUGGUACAGUUUUUGUCCACAUUUUGUUCCAAUAUUUAACCACAUUUUGUUACAAUAUUUGACCACGUUUUGUUACAAUAUUUGUCCACAUUUUGUUACAAUAUUUGACCACAUUUUGUUACAAUAUUUGUCCACAUUUUGUUACAAUAUUUGACCACAUUUUGUUACAAUUUUUGACCAUAUUUUGUUACAAUAUUUGACCACAUUUUGUUACAAUAUUUGACCACAUUUUGUUACAAUAUUUGACCACAUUUUGUUACAAUAUUUGACCACAUUUUGUUACAAUAUUUGACCACAUUUUGUUACAAUUUUUGACCACAUUUUGUAACAAUAUUUGUUUCUCACCAUGUACCAUGCGUCUUGUCAUGCAUGUAGACAAUGGCAUUCCUUUUGAGCAAGCCAAGUUGAAAUAAUAGAGCCUCAAAGUGGUUAAGUAAUGUAUGUAAAACAUAAUGUUAUACUAGAAAACAUGACAAUGAUAGGUGUGUUCAGUUCACUGAUGAAACAGACACAGGGACUUUGAUAUUUGGAACAGACACAGGGACUUUGAUAUUUGAAACAGACACAGGGACUUUGAUAUUUGGAACUGUCUGUUUACCCCCACAACAGUUAGUGGUUAAACAUUCUUUUAAUAUAAGAAUAAAAAGGAAACAACGUUUUAAGACUACAUUGUAUUCAUUUUUCCUGUGCCUUUUAGAUUAUAUUAGUUGUAGCAGUCUGUUUUACCGCCAAUACCACACAUUUUGUUUUCAGUUAGUGUUUAACCCAUUUUCAUAUAAUUUUAAAAAUAGUAAACACAUAUAUAACACAUUGUAUUCAUUUUUCAGUGCCUUUUAGAUUGUUUAAGCUGUUUCAGUCUGUGUUAAGUUCUGUACAUAAUUAUAUACAUGUUACUAUGACCAAUGUGUUUAUUUUAUUUGUAACGCUAUCUGCUAAAACCCAGGCCACAGGCAAAAUUAACAUAACACAAGAAAUAAAUUUUCAAUGCGCUAAUUUUUGAAGGGAGACAUUGGUUACUUAUAGUGUCUCUGUUAAUUGAAAUUAAAAAUAAAACCACUUUCUCGCUUCAAAAAGCAGCAUUUGGGAAAAAAAACUCGCAUUGCCUUAUUUUCGCCUGUGUUGUGGCCUGAUUUUAGCAGACUGCGUGGCAUUUUUUUCUUAAAGGUAUCAAAUAACUUUUUUAAUUUCAUUUGUUAUUGUUAAUGUACAGGCUUGCUGUAAAAACCGCUUCAUUUUUUUUUUGGUUAUGUUCAGUAAUAUUUUCCUCUUAAAGCAGCAGCACUCUCACAGACUAUUUUGACAUUUUUUUUCCGACUUUGAAUGAACCAAUUGUUGUGAAAUAUCUAGAUACCAGUGAUAUUAGACUGGUGACAAAAAAUCAGAUUGCAGUUUUUAAUAUUUACAUACGAAAAUUGAAGUUUUAUGGCUGAAAGCAUUACUAAGGUUUUCAUUUCAGCAUAAAACAUCAGCGUUGAACUGUUAGAAUGUAAAUAUGAAAAGCCGCGAUCUGAUGUAAGCAGACUGAUACCACUGUUUCUGAGACAUUUACGUCAAAAUUUGCUCAUUCUUAAGACAAAAAAUUUAAAAAAAUGUCAAAAAGGUUCAUCUGUGAGAGUGCAGCUUUAAGUCUCUGUUGAUUUACACAACCGUUUUUAAAAACAACAACAGUAUGUCCAUUUUGGUAGAAAAUGAAAUUAAACUUAAAGAUUCCGACUAAAUAACAGUGUCAAACAUUUUGACUUCUUCCUUAAUAUCAUGUUAAUUAUAAGAGUAUUCAAAUGAGAAAAAAGUGGAAACUGUUUUCCAUAUAAUGGCAUUGUGGCCAUCUUCUCAACAAGUGUAUGAGAAAAUGUUGCAUGGUCAUGACUUUGAGUGGUCGAAAUUAGCACAAGCUGACAAGCCCUGCAAAGGUAAAAUGCUUUCCGGGCUUGCUCAAAUUCUGAGUUUUAUACAGCAGGGCUUGUUCAAAAAUGUAAUGCCAAGCAGUAGUAUAUGAAUUCGGGCUUGUUCAUCAAAAAGACUGAUUUCAAUAUAUUUAUAUAUAUAGUGAGUAUCAAAAAACAAGUUGAAAAUUUAACCUGAAAAAUCAAAUAAACUUUGCAAAAAGCUGACCAAUAAACUCUUAUCAUUCUAUCUAAGUAGAUAGUAUAACUCCUUAGAUUUUCAAGUUAGAAUAAUUUUAUUCCUUAUUGUGUAUUCAUUAUAUUCAUAUGUAUUAAUUUAAUACAAUGUUAAUUUUGUACAUGACUUGUAUUGAUAUGAUAAAUCGUUCAAAUGCUUCAAAAUGUGCUCUGCAUUUCACUGACUUACAAUAAGUAACUUUAAUUUACUAUAAAAUGUAUAAUGUGCAAUAUCAUAAUAAACAGAAAACUGCA